ACGCCAGUGGGCGGUUCUGGUCGAGCCCCCAGAGGUUUGUAUGUAUAGCUGCCUCUGGAGCGCAGGGACGCGCCACGAAUAUAAGGAAACGCUGUUAAUUAAUGCUACCUUGCCGGGGCGUUUUAACAUCAAACAGGUCUUUUUCCUCAACAGAUACGCUCCAGGUUACAGGAGAGUAGGACUGCGCCUGGGCCAGCAGACAGCCCACUUCCCCGCGUCCGGCCCGUGCCGUGGCGGCGCCAUGUGCAUGGCAACUCGGCUGAGCCUGGCUGGGGCCUGCGGGCUGCGCCUGGGGCUCCUGCAGCAAGGCCACCGCUGCCUCCACACGUCCCCCAGAGUGCUCAGCAGCUCCCGCUUCGACCCAGACAGCAGCGGCCGCCCCACCACCUGGGAUUCCUUCGGCAUCUGGGACAAUCGCAUUGAUGAGCCCAUUCUGCUGCCCCCCAGCAUACGCUAUGGGAAGCCCAUCCCCAAGGUGAGCCUGUCCAAAGUGGGCUGUGCUUCCCACAUCGGCCAGCGCAAGGAGAACGAGGACCGCUUUCAGGUCAGCCAAGUCAACGGCAGCAUCCUCUACUUUGCUGUAUUCGACGGCCACGGCGGACCACAGGCGGCUGAUUUCUGCCAUAAGCACAUGGAGACGUACAUAAAAGACCUGGUCCAUGAGGAGCAGAACCUGGAACUGGUGCUUACCAAAGCUUUUCUAGAAGUAGACAAGGCGUUUGAAAUGCAUUUGAAUGCAUCUGGGAACGCCUCCCUGCAGACCUCCGGAUCCACGGCCACGGUGGCUUUGCUGAGGGACAGUGUGGAGCUUGUGGUGGCCAGCGUGGGGGACAGCCGCGCCCUGCUCUGCCGCAGGGGGAAGGCACAGCGGCUGACGGUGGAUCACACCCCCGAGAGGAAGGACGAGAAGGAGAGGAUUAAGAAGAGCGGCGGCUUUGUGACCUGGAACAGCUUAGGACAGGCCAACGUCAACGGCCGACUGGCCAUGACCCGUAGCAUUGGGGACUUUGACCUCAAGACCAGGGGCGUGAUCGCCGAACCUGAGACCAAGAGGGUCACCCUGCAGCAUGCCCACGACUCUUUCCUGGCGUUGACCACUGACGGAAUCAACUUCAUCAUGAACAGCCAGGAGAUCUGCGACGUGAUCAUCCAGUGCCCAGACCCGCGGGAGGCUGCCCAGGUCAUCGCGGAGCAGGCACAGCAGUAUGGCUCCGAGGAUAACAGCACCCUCGUGGUUGUGCCCUUUGGUGCCUGGGGGUCGGACGCCAGCUACUCACUCAGCAGGAGCUUCAUGUCGAGUGGCCGGUGGGCCUGAGGGCCAGGCGGGCCGCUAGCAAACAAACGUGCAAUACCGCCACCCUCAGGGCCUUAGAGGAAGUGCACUGAAGAGCACUUUGGGGAAUGCGAGAGGAGUGGCAUGCGUGAGCCUCUUUACAGCACUGUCAGGACAAACACCGCGGCAAUGCUUAGUGCCAGGCGGGUUUCUGUCAUUUUAGGCCUUUUAUUACAAACAUGGAACACUUUUUUGCACAUAAUUUGCACAUCUGGUGUUGGUGGGAGGUCAGUAUAUAUAUAUUUUACAUGAAUCUACUGGGGGGGGUCGGGGUCAGCAGAUAUGGUUGUGGGUUCGAAUCUCAUCUCUGCUCUGUGUGUGUGGAGUGUGUAUGUUCUCCACGUGACCUCCAGGUGCUCCAGUUCCUCCUGCAGUCCAAAGACAUGCAGGCAGGUUGUGUGGUUGCAAGAUGGGUGGAUGGAUUUACUAGAUCAAUCAGAGCUAAAUGUGAAGGUUAGUAAAUGCAGCCAUUAGCACGACAGUCAAGUUCCCACUCAUGUACGUGCUGAACAUUUAAACGUGGCUCUGGGCUGUGUAAGGUGGGGCCCAGACUCCCGUCUUUUUCAUCUGGGCUGAGAUCUGUCUAGUUUGCAACCAUAAACCAGCCACCUUGCUGAAAUCAGGAAGUGAUGAGAAGUCCAAGCAAGAUCUUAUAAUCCAAGCACAUGGAGCUUUGGCGCAAACAUGGUUUAAAUGUGCCGCUCUUAAUUUAAAUGGACGCGUUGCAUACAAGUUUUCUUUUACAAAUCCUCUUUUUAUUAUUCAUUAUAAAUUAUCUUCCCUGAUGAGAAAAAUAAUUUUUUGUAUUUUUGUAUCUUUGUAACACUGUUCAGAAUGAACCUCAAUAUGAAGACCAUGAGUUGCCAAUCACUACAUGGCCGUCCUGUACAUCCAGUGGCACAGUGCUUUCAUGCCAGCUGAUGUGACACUCAGCAAUAAAGCUUUUUCACCAGUGUCAGCCACUGGGAAUGCAACUGCAAAGCUGUCGAAAGACACCAACUGUUAAGCACAGUAUGUUAUACAAAAUUGUAUAAUGAAUCAAUUAAUACAUUAAUUUAAAAAAGGCAGUGAGACUCAAGAAAAGAACUGCCGUACAACCUUCUAUUCUGUGCUUGGAGAAGUGAAAAACAGGUGCUUCCCCUUGUUAUUCAGCACCGGGUGCCGGUACUCCCCUUGUUAUUCAGCACCGGGUGCCGGUACUCCCCUUGUUAUUCAGCAUCGGGUGCCGUUACUUCCCUUGUUAUUCAGCACCGGGUGCCGGU